GACCUAACCAAAUGUCUUCAUGGAAUGCAGAAGUUGUUAUCGCGCUCGUCGCCCUACUUGUGACAUGCAUCCCUAUCAUCUUUGCUGUACACCGGAAGUUACGUGGACAGCGCAUAAGGGGCGGAUAUGAGACUGAUCUUGAAAGACGCAACGAAAUCGCUCUCGAAAGGCGAAACACGCUUUAGUAGAUCCGUCGCUUUACCGUAACCGCCUGCGCACAUGCCUCGAAGCCGCCUUGGAGUUGAGGUCUCGGUCCGUAUGAACAAGAUCGACGUGGUUGUGGGAAGGAAGAAUCGAAAACGAGGUAUAUUGGAUAGACAUGAAAAGUUUCCAUGAGUCUGCCGAACGUGGAUGGGAGUGAUAUAGACAAGGCAUACCGGCGGUUUUAGAUUCGUGGCUCGGUAGCAUUCUUCUCCAUCCGAAGCCGUUUAUGUAUCAUUCAUGUACAAUCAAUCUCGCCGUUUGGAGAAGGCGUUGACGGAUAUUACUGGAUAGUGAAUAGGAAUUUGUU